UCGCUCGGGCUAGACGGUAUCAUGAUAGUCCUUACCAAGGCAACCAUGAUCGGUGAACCUGCCACUUCAACUCGGACGCCUGACCAGAGGAUCUAUCCCGAUCUUGUACAUUUCAGAGCCGGCCGUUGAGAAGAUAAGGUUCAACAAUUUUCGAGAACAAAAAUGGCGUCCUUCCCAACCCCCAACUAACUGCAGAGCUCUUUAAUGGCUGCUCCGGCGGCCUCGGCACUGGCCAGCAAUCCACGAUCCUAGAGUCGCAACGAAGCCGCAGCUGUCCUAUAAAUAAGUCGAAGAAGAGAUCCUUGUUUCCUCAUCCAAUCAGCUGAUCUCUGAGUCUCAGACACGCGGUAAUUAAGAUAUAUCGAUUUUCUCAGACAUCGAAAAUAAUGAGGCCAGGGACGUUCGUUCUUCUUGGUCUCUUGGCAGCCGCCAUCCUUCUCAUCGCGGCAGAGGUUGCAGUUAGCACGGACCUGCCUGAAACUUCUUCAGCCGGUGAGAAAGCAGCUGUGGAAGUUACCACUGAGUCGAACAAUGGCGUUAAUGAUGCCAAGUAUGGAGGAUACCCUGGCGGCGGCUAUGGUGGGUACCCCCGGGGUGGUGGCUAUGGCCAUGGUGGCCAUGGAGGUUAUCCCGGCCGUGGAGGCUAUGGUGGCUACCCGGGGCGUGGGCGUGGCUAUGGAGGAGGGUACUGCCGGUAUGGAUGCUGCGAGUGGGGGAAUUAUGGUAGGAACUGCAGGAGGUGCUGCUCAUAUGCUGGUGAAGCUGUUGACAAGGUUGUUGUUCCUCAAGAAGUUGACAAGCCCCACAAUUAGGAUUGCAAUUCGGAUCACAUGUGGUCCCUGGACUAAUUAAGUUUUUCCUACCACGGUGUUCUCGUGUUUGAUCAAAUUGCAAGAAAGACGGACUUACGUGACGGAGAAGUUAAUGCUUCGCGUUUGUCGUAGAAGUUAAACAGCAGAAGUAAUAUGUCGAUGAGGCUUUGUCUACUAUUAAGUUUUCCAAUGUAUGAACGUUUUCAUCAAGAAUAAAGAUUUGAAUAUGUUGGUUGAAUUUGACAUGAAGUCAUGCGUUCAU